GUAGCCUGCUGUUCUCUCUGACUGAUUCUAUUAUAAUCUUGGUCCACGCCCUCUCGCUGUCUCUCAGCCAUCCAGACUCUGCUGUACAUUCAGAGGAGAAGCAACACAAGGGACUCACAGGUUUUGAUAAUGGAGAAAGACUACAGAGCCCCUCCUUCUUUUCCUCAGAUGAAUCAGACAGGCGUAAACUUCCCUGGCCAGCAGGCCGUGUACCCACCACAAGCAGGUCCACAAGCUCCACCUUAUCAACCACCUCCUUAUGGGUUUGGGGAUCCGACCAUCACUGUCCAGCCCACGGUGAUCCCUGUGGCUGCACAGAUGGUGGUUGUGAGUUUUCCUGAUGUACCGGUCCGCACUACCUGUCCUCACUGCAUGACAGAUGUCCUCACGGAAACUGAACAUAUCAAUGGAUUGCUCACCUGGCUUAUUUGUGGAAGCCUUGCGAUCUUUGCGUGCUGGCUCUGUUGUUUUAUCCCAUUCUGUGUGGAUGCAUGCAAGGAUGUGAAGCACACCUGUCCAAACUGCAGAAAGAUCAUCCGCAUUUACAAACGUAUGUAGAACAUACUGCACAAGAGAACAUGAAGAUCCACCAAAAUACUGAAGAGUUGCCCAGAAAUCACUUCAUGCACUGUUACCUUAUUACAAAUUUGUGACAUUCAAAGCGAUUCAAUAAAGAUUGAUUGAAGAUAUCAUAAAGUCUAUUUACUUCUACUACGUUUAUUGAGAUAUCUCUAUCAAUUUGUAUAUAUACAGUGCCGUGAUAGGCAGGUUUGUACAGCUUUUUUCUUUCCCCUUAAUAAAUUGAUUCACCAUUUGAGGCUGCAUUUUGUAUUUACUUGCAUUAUCUAUUACAAUUUGUGUGAUCUGAAUCUUUUAAGUGUGACAAAUAUGCAAAAAAAAAAAAACAACAACAAGGGAGCAAAAACCUUUUCACAGCACUGUAUUUACAGUAUAUAUUCAGUUUGUUUGUGUGUGUGUUGAGAUAAAUUGGGAUGAAUAAAUUUGUGACAUUUAUGUCUUGAA